AUGCGCGUCGAGAUCCCCUGGUCCUUCUUCUGCUUAGUCCUACUCUAUGUGACAUGGUACAAUUCAAUCGGCUUAUACCGAAAUGCAGAGGCUACAAAUACCGUGCACGGGAAAGGCGUUCUCAUCUGGUUCUUCAUCCUCACAUUUGUACUUUUCUCAAGUACAUUCACACAUCUCGCCAUUGCAACAAUAGAGAAACCUGAAACGGCGGGCAACAUCGUCAACCUCCGUUUCUCACUGACAAUCUCCUUCUGCGGUGUACUUGCUGGGCUGGGGGCUUUCCCGCAUUUCUGGAUCUUCAUGUACCACAUCUCUCCCUUCCAUUUUCUGAUAUCAAGUUUGUUAUCUGCAUCGGUUGGAGGUGGUCGUGUUAUAUGCCUGGAACAGGAAUUCCUUCAUAUUGAGCUACGCCCGAAUAUGACUUGUGGGGAGUAUCUGGCUGACUUCAUUCGUCUUACUGGGGGUUAUGUGGAGAAUCCUUCUGCUACUACAACUUGCUCAUUUUGUCGUAUUUCUGAGACGAAUAAGUUCCUGGCAGGUACUUCAACAAAUUCCGAUGUUGUAUGGAUGGAUUUUGGGAUUAUGUGGAUUUACAUUGUUUUGUAUAUCUUCGGUGCAGCUUUUCUUUACUGGAUAUGUGGGAUCCCCAAGAAGACGAAAGUGCAUGAGACAGCUAUCGUUGUUGAAUGGGAAAUGGGAGCUUAUUUGUUUAUGUCUGGAAGGGGUUUGACAACUACCAGCAUAGGCUUCAUGUAG